AUGAAGCGGAGCUGUGAAAAUGCCGAGCAUGUUGGCGUCCACUUCCACCACCACUUCAACUACAGCCAAGAGCUCGCGUCGUCUUCCGCGACAUAG